CUUCACUUUAGUGUAACAGUUGUAUUCAUCCAUAAUGUGUUAUUUAUAACAUAACAUCACGCACACUCUGUAUCAUUGUAUGUUUCGUUCGAGGAAUAAAUAGUAAAUUUAACUAGGUGGAUUUUACCCGCUGUCAGUUCAGAAUGUCCGAAUCGGAAACGACUUCACAGUACAACCGUACAUUCAGCAGAUGCCGAAUAGCAAUCAUCGUGCUAUGUGUGAUAAUCGUUGCCUUGCUUAUAGCAUUUGCAGUUGUGAUUUCUCUUCUUCAUGAAAGAUUAUUCUCCGCACUUGGCGACAGAAGUUGUCCAUCACGUGACCAUAAUAUCAAUCUUGAUCCCCCGGAUAUUCUGCCGCCGUUUCACGAUCUUACAAAAGACGAAAUCAUGUCUAUCAAGCAGUUUUUAUACGGACAACCAGAUUUAAAUCUAGCUCAUGCAAAUGACAUUCGCUGCAACAGAAGCUUCAUCUACACAAUGGAACUAAAUGUUCCAGAAAAAGAAGAAACAUUAAAAUUUCUCGAUAGAGAAGAAUUAAGACCAGUUAGAGAAGCUAAAGUAAUAAUAUACAGAGGCGAUAAAUCCGAUCCAUUUGUACAAGAAUUCAUUGUAGGCCCACUACCAUAUCCUAAAGAGAAGAGAUCAGAGACACAAGGACCAUUUCUUUUUCGUCCUUUAUCAACACCAGAAUACUUCGGGGCAAUUGACAUAAUGCGAACUGAGAUACAGAACAAAAUGAGUCACAUCGUAGAAGAAAGUUAUGGAGGAAAAGUUGGAAAUUGUUCUGAGAAAUGUUUAGAAUUUCAAAUGAUUACACCAAUUUCUCCAGUGUCACAUGGUGAGCCAAAAGCAAGGAAAAUAUGGUUCUGGCUUGCACCAGUUGUUGAAUACUGGAGCCUUCAUCCCAUAGACUUUUCCAUUCUCAUGGACCUUACGAGUAACAAGGUUGAGGAGUUCACAAUUGAUAAGAUAUACUAUGGAAAUCAAAUGUUUAAUACUGUGGAUGAGCUUUUAAGAGCAUAUGAGUCCGGCUCUGUUACAAAAACCCAAAUACCAUUUCCCUCUAUAAGUAAGGAAUUGUAUUCUUCAAUGCAUAGAAGAGGAACUUUAUUUCCAGAGGAGCCGUUACUUCCGCCGACAGAAUUUGAACCAAGUGGAAAAAGAUAUUCAAUAAACGGCCGCCAUAUUAAAUACAUGGGUUGGGACUUUGAUGUCAGAAUGUCCACCAUAUCCGGCCCACAAAUAUUUGACAUAAGAUUUAAUAAUAAGAGAAUUGUUUAUGAAUUGAGCUUGCAGGAAAUUGCUGUAUUUUACUCUGCAAAUAGUCCUGCUCAGCGUGUUGCAGACUAUGUAGAUGGCGUAGCUUUGAUUGGCUCAAGGGUAAGGUCACUUGUUUCCGGUGCGGACUGUCCCUAUCACUCAACGUUUCUGAGUACAGACCUAGUUCUUGAUUACAGUGAAGAACCAGUCCAUUUUGAUCGUUCAUUCUGUGUUUUCGAGCAUAAUUCAGGUGUUCCACUGCGAAGACACCUGUCUUUUCAAGGAUAUAGGGUAUUUUAUGAGGGCAUGAUGGAUAUUGUUCUAACUGUGAGAACAAUAGCAGCAAUAGCUAAUUACGAUUACAUUGUUGAUUUCAUCUUUCACCAGAAUGGAGCACUUGAAGUUAAAAUGAUUUCAACAGGUUACAUCUUGACCUCAUUUAGGCAUCCGCCGGAAGACAGUUACGGUUUCCGGUUGCGCGAUCACAUGAUUGGGAAUAUUCAUCACCAUAUGUUUCAUUUCAAGGUUGACCUGGAUAUUUAUGGACAGAAGAAUCAGUUUGAAACUAUAGAAAUAACCCCAGAACAAGUCGAUAAUACUAAGUGGUCAGCACAAACUACGACAAGAUACCACCAGACAAGAAUUGUUCGACACCAAAUAAAAUCUGAAAAAGAGGCAGCUAUGAAGUAUAACUUUGACAAGCCAAAGUAUCUGACUUUCUACAACAAUUUGGCAUUAUCGCCUACCGGUGUACCAAGAGCAUAUAGACUACUCACAAGAGGAAUUUCUAAACAGAUGCUCAAACAAGGCACAGGACAAGAACCAUCUGUAUCCUGGUCACGGUACCAAGUUGCUGUAACCAAAUACAAGGAAGAGGAAAAACGUAGCAGCUCCAUGUAUGCUAUCUGGGACGCCAAGGACCCUGUUGUCAAUUUUCAGAGUUUUAUUGACGACGAUGAAAACAUAGCCGACGAGGAUCAAGUGACAUGGGUAACUUUGGGCAUACAUCAUAUUCCACACACGGAGGAUAUUCCAGUGACCCCAACAGUUGGCCUUGACCUUGGAUUUUUUCUUUUACCUUACAAUUAUUUCGAUGAAGACCCCGCUAUGGGAUCUGGUGACGCUAUCAGGAUAGAGCCCAAAGAUCAAGUUGACUUGAAUAAAGGGUUGAAAAUAGAAACUUACGGAAAGUCUGAAAACUUGCAGUGUUUUCCCAGACAGUCGACAUUUAUAAGUCAUUUAAAGGAGAAACCUGAAAGCAUUUUUGGAUAGUGGAAGGACGUCGAAAUAAUGAAUUGUAUAUAUUUGCGUAACUAUAGAAAACUAGAUUCGAUAAAAAAGCCAGACACUUUUA